CUUAAAAUGAGCAAUGCCCAUUGGCUGAAAUGCUGGCCCAUAGCUGAUAAGGAAGUAACUUUCACUACUACACUGAACCCUUAGGAGUAAUCAAAAUGGACAAAGCAAGCACUAGACUUAGAUUCCCACAAGUGCCAGAAGAGUACCACCGCCUAAUGGACGAAGACUUCAGUGGGAACUUGUUUGAGAGGAGCGACAGCAGUCUAAGCAGAUGUUCCAAUAAAAGUUUUGAUGAAAACCUUCCUUUGCCGCCACAGAAUGUGGAAAAUGAUGAAACCUUGGACUACACCUACCAUAAUGUAGGUCAGCCAGCGUCAGCUCAGUCACUACAAAAUGGCUACCACAAAGACAACCGAGACCAGAACAUGAACGAAGACAAGCUGAAAGAUAUAUCUUACGAAAAUGAAAAAUCCAUCAAAGACAUGCUGUCGCCUCUCUUCAGUGAGGCUCAGCCAUCCUAUCCUUGUCACCCAAAUAAGAAUCCACACCAGAUGAGAAAAAUGCACCCACAAUCGCAAGAAAACGAGGAGUUAGACUACGAGAAUGCACUGCCAGUGAUGAAGAACAGGGUUCUCCCUCACGAGCCUCAGGAGUCUGAGUGUGACUUCACUGAACCCUCCACGGGUUAUACACAGAGGCAGUCACCACAGUCCAUUCAGUCUAUGGGCAGCGAGGGGUCAUCUCUAACCUGCCCAGAAGAAGCCAAGAAGUAUGAUAAACUGACCCAGUUUGCAUACUCAGUCACCCCACAUUUCUCCUACAAAGAGAUAGUGGGCGCCACCGAUGGGUUUGCAGACCACAACCUUCAAGGAAAAGGAACAUUUGGAGAAGUGUACAAAGGCACUCUGAGGAAGACAGCAUUUGCAAUCAAAAGAUUAUUACAGCAAAGACAGUUUGAAGGUGAGCAAGCACGUCAAAGACACCAUCAUAUGGAGAUUAAGUCUUUGCUCAUGUAUCGCCAUGACAACAUAGUCCAGCUGAUUGGCUACUCUCUGGAUGGACCAGAAGUGUGCCUCAUCUAUCAGUUCAUGGUCAAUGGCUCCCUGGAAGAUAGGCUGGCCUGUAAGGAUGGUACUAAGCCCCUUUCCUGGCACCAGAGAUGUUCCAUAUUGAAAGGAGCGGCGCGGGGCCUCCAAUAUCUACACACUGCCCUGGAUAAACCUCUCAUUCAUGGGGAUGUGAAGAGUGCAAACAUACUGCUGGACAAACACUACGAGGCCCGUAUUGGGGACUUUGGAAUUGCUCAAGAGGCUCAGAAGGGGAGUGAGGGGAAAUACACUCACAUUACACAGCAAGAUGCUGGUAUAUUUGGCUCUCUGGCAUAUGCGCCCCCUGAAUUCCUUCGUAACUACCAGUUGUCAGUGAAGGGAGAUACUUAUGGCUUUGGAGUGGUUAUUUUUGAGGCAUGUUCUGGAAAACCACCAUUUGAGGAAAAAGAACACAAAGGGAGACGAAUGACAAAAUAUUUGAAAGAUCACAUGGGAGAAGUUUUGGACAUGGUGAAUGAUGACAAAGAGUUGCUGAAAGAAAAAGACCACAAAGCUGCUAAUUGGCCAGAUGACAUAUUUGUUGAGCUCAUGAAGCUGGGUCAUUACUGCAUUAUGCCCAAGAAGAAAGAGAGACCUGAAAUGUCAGAGGUUCUGAAAAGUUUAGAAGAUGUAGAGCUGAAUGUUCAAAAAGAGAAAUACUUCCAACACAGGAGGUCUUCAAAGGGUAAAUAA